AUGGAUGAUGAGGAAUUAGAAAGGUUAGCAGCUGAAGAGCUGCUGAAGGAAGCUAAGCAAGGUGCCGCCAGAGCAGUAGUACAUGGUGCGUUAGGGUGGAAAAAAGAUCAUGCACCCCGCCCCAAUAAACGCUUCCUUACCACAACUUUAGCGAACACCAUGCAACACAACCACAGAAGGUCUCGCUCCCGUUCAACAUCUCCUUACCACAAGUACAACCGUUCAAGGAGAGGGAAUUCUAGUCAUGAAUCAACCCACAGAGACAAGCACCGUCACAGAUCAAGAGAACGUCACCGAGACGAUCGAGAGUCUAGAAGAGAUAAAAGUGCAAAGAAGGAAAGAAGUGAAGUGAAACAUAGCUCUAAGAAACAUUCAAAGGAUAAGGAAAAAGAUGAAAGGAAAAGUCAUAGAUCGAAAAGGGGUCACAGUCAUUAA